AUGGAGGGUCCACGGACUCAGACCGUCAAAAUGGCCCGGGUUACUAAAGUUCUUGGAAGGACAGGAUCCCAGGGACAGUGUACUCAGGUCCAUGUGGAAUUUAUGGAUGACAGCAACCAAUCCAUCAUUCGAAAUGUGAAAGGACCGGUCCGUGAGGGAGAUGUGCUCACACUUUUGGAAUCUGAGCGUGAAGCAAGAAGAUUACGAUAACGGAUAGUCAAAACUGAUGCCAGCUG